AACCCUCUCUUAUCCAAGAAGAAGAGAGAAUGCGGACGUUCGCAAGGGAUUGUACGAGGACAAACUUUCUUGAAGAGAAGAGGAGAAAGACCGACAACGUCAACGACUGGACGCUGUUUUCAAGCCUCAAAUGGCGGCACGGAGAGCAGACGUCAGUGGAGAAGAUCCUCCCCCUGAGCAGCAGGAGUGGAGCUCCAGGCUGGAGCAGGAGGGGCCGCAGCCCCCCAACAUUAAAGAGGAAGUGGAGGAGCAGGCGUGGACUCCGGGGGAAGCUGACGUCGGCACGUUUUCAGUGAUUCGUGUGAUCGUGAAGAGUGAAGAUGAUGAAGAGGAAGCUCAAUGGUCACAGCUUCACGACAGUCAAAGUGAGGAGAUGAGACGAUCGGAAGCAGAUGGCCUCAUCCCUCCGCUCUCAGAUAGUGACGACACAGCGUCACACCCUUGUGACACUGAUGAUGAAGAUUCUCAGGCCGAUGUGGCGUAUCACACUGACAACAAGCACUUUAAAUGCCCUCAAUGCAACAAAACCUUUGACAGGAGGAACUUAAAGGCACACAUGAGAACGCACACGGGAGAAAAACCCUUCCGCUGCUCAUUCUGUGGUAAAGGGUUUCCUCGCAAGGCGCAUUUGAUAGCUCACACCAGGAUACACACCGGCGAGAAACCAUUUUCCUGCGUAGUCUGCAACACUCAUUUUCGUGAUCGUUCAACGCUGAUCACACACACGAGAACACACACUGGAGAGAAGCCUUUUUCAUGUUCAGUCUGCAACAUGAGUUUUAGCGUCAGUUCAACGCUGAUCCAGCACAUGAGAACACACACCAGUGAGAAACUUUUCUCUUGCUCAGUUUGCGGUAAAGCUUUCUCGAGAAAGACAAACAUGGUAACACAUAUGAGAACGCACACGGGAGAAAGACCUUUCUCCUGCUCGGUGUGCAGCAUGACUUUCAGUGAUGGCACAGCACUGGGGAGGCACAUGAAAACACACACUGGCGAGAAACAUUUCACCUGCUCCGUCUGCAGCCAAAGAUUCUCUCAGAAGGCGCAUUUAAUAGCGCACACGAGGACGCACACUGGAGAAAAACCUUUCUGCUGCUCAGUUUGUAGCCAGACGUUCUCUCAGAAAGGACACUUGCUAAAACACACGAGGACGCACACGGGUGAGAAACCAUUCAGUUGCAACGUGUGUGAUGACCGAUUCACUUACAAGUACCAGCUUAACAAACACGUGUGCGCCGGUGAGAGCAGCAGUAAAACUCUUUUCACUGCCUAGAUUUUCACCGACAUAAAAAAAUAGAACGCUGCCAGAAUGAGCCCCCGGGCUGCACUUUGGAAGUGCAGCCCGGGGGCCAUUUGGACACAACUGACGUGAUCCCACCGCAUUACAAUUUAAUUCAUGUAAAUUGGGAUUUGAAUUUGUCAACGUCAUGUAUUCAUUCUGGCAGGGUUCUAUUUUUUAUUAGCUUGAUUUUUAUUAGCGUGCGGCACAUUUGUAAAAACAAAAUUAAACCAUAUAGCCCAGUGAAAAUACAACAAAAAGGCAAAAUGUAAAGAGUAGAAGCUGUAAUGUUGAUACUAAUAACCAAUAACACUAAGCUUUUUUUUGUUUUUUAAGAGCUUUUUUUUUUUGCCUUUGUACAAAAUUAAAAACGUAUAAAGUGGCUCCCCCUCAUCCUUUGAUUUGUACGCCCCUGAAUUACAGAGCAUAUUUAUGCAGGACAUUAUCCUGCCACAAGGCGUCACUGUAGUUUGUGUUGCUAAAGGAAGCGGCACAACGUUUUGUCUAAUGACGGUUUUCUUAUUCGUGUUGUACACUUUUUGGACUCAUUGAGCUUUUGUGUGUAACCUA